AUGAAUAACGAUGCAAUUAGGUUUUUAUCUGCCAGUGGUCCUUUAUUAGGUCCUGGUUUUUCUGGUUUUCCUUCUACUAAUAUGAUAAAUCCUGGAGCAGCUGCUGUUGCAGCUCAGGCUGUUGCUGAUGCAAAUAAUUUUCGUGCAGCUUUUGCUGCAAAUCAAGCCCAAACACUUCAAUUUCCAGGUCUUUAUCCACAAUUAACACCGGAUAUGAAACCAGAUAUGUUGGCAACAGCAGUUGCAGGAAGUGGUAUGCCACCAUAUAUGUUUGAUCCAUCUAUAGGUUUUCAUCCAUAUGGGGGUGGAUUUGAUGGUGGUAGAAGAAAAAAUGCAACCAGAGAAACAACAGCACCAUUAAAACAAUGGUUAAAUGAACAUCGAAAAAAUCCUUAUCCUACAAAAGCAGAAAAAAUUAUGUUAGCUUUAUUAACAAAAAUGUCACUUACACAAGUUAGUACAUGGUUUGCAAAUGCUAGAAGAAGAUUAAAAAAAGAAAAUAAAAUGACAUGGUCUCCAAGAAAUAGAACAGGUGAGGAGGACGAUGAUGAUUUAGAUGAUAUUAAUCCAAAUGAAAGGCCUUCAUCUUCUACAUCUGAUCUCUUUGAUUGUUCAAUAAAAGAAGAAACAUCAAUUGAUGAAGCUUCAACUCCACUUAAUGAAACAUCAUCACCAUUACUAAAAACAGAAGACCAAUCUCCUAAAAAGCCUAAAAUAUGGUCUAUUGCAGAAACAAUAACAUCAACACCUUCCUCAACCUCUGCAACCUCAAUAUCACAACAAGAUAAUAAAUUAGUUUCAUCACCAAAAGAUAAUUCAUCUAUAUCACUUUCUUCAUCAAAUAUGCCCUUCCCAUCCGGUGUUUUUUCAAAUGGCUUUCCACAUCCUUUUGUGGGUACGGCAAAUCAAGCUUUACCUAAUUUCUCAUUUCCACAAAACGGUUUUCUUCAAUGGCAACAACAAAUGGCUGCAUUAGCAGCAAUGUCAAGACAAAUGCCUAUGGGUAUGCGACCAGAAAUGUUACAAAUGAUGCAAGGUUUUCCUCAAAUGCAGGGAAAUAAUUUAUUUCAUAAUAUGAUGGCUGCUACUGCUGUAGCUCCACAAACAUCAUCUUCAUCAACAACGUCAUCCAUUCCAACACCAUCUUCUAGUGUGCCAUUAGAUUCUACUACUGCGCUGGCUGCGGCUGUAGCUGCUGUAUCAAAAAAUGAUGUUUCAGAAGACAAUUUAUUAAAAGUCCAAACAUCGGUACCAGUUAACAUUAACAACUUCACAAGCAAUGAUGAUAAAAAGGAAAAUGGAAAAUCAACAACAUCAAAACCAUCUUCUCCUGAAUAUAAUACAAAUUCACAAAAAUCUGAAGAUAAUAUAACAUCUAACAAUGAAAAUAGUGAAUAG